AUGAUGCCCCAGAAGAAAAAGAGGAGGAAGAAAGACAUUGACUUCAUCGCGCUGUACGAGGAGGAGCUGCUGAACUACGACUCGGAGGACAAUGAGGACGAGCUGGAGCAUGAGUACUACAAGGCCCGAGUGUAUGAGGUGGUCACAGCCACGGGGGAUGUUCGUGGUGCAGGGACGGACGCCAAUGUCUUCAUCACCAUUUUCGGAGAGAAUGGGCUCUCUCCCAAGCUCCAUCUCACCAGCAAGAGCAAAUCUGCCUUCGGGAAAGCCAACACCGAUGUCUUCCGGGUGAGAACCAACAAUGUGGGCCUCAUCUACAAAAUCAGGAUUGAGCAUGACAACACAGGCUUGCACGCCAGCUGGUACCUAGACCGUGUGAUUCUGACUGACACGAAGCGGCCUCACCUCCGUUACUACUUCAACUGCAACAGCUGGCUGAGCAAGGUGGAAGGUGACCGCCAGUGGUGCCGUGACCUGUUGGCUAGCUUCAACCCCAUGGACAUACCCACAGGUAACAGGUAUGAAAUUAAGGUGUACACUGGUGAUGUCAUUGGUGCAGGAACAGAUGCGGAUGUCUUCAUCAAUAUCUUUGGAGAAUAUGGAGACACAGGGGAACGGAGGCUGGAGAGUGAAAAGAACAACUUUGAAAAGGGAGCUGAAGACAAGUUCACACUGGAUGCCCCUGAUCUGGGGCAGCUGAUGAAGAUCACUGUUGGCCACAACAACAAGGGGGCGUCUGCAGGUUGGUUCCUGUCCAAGAUCCUCAUUGAAGAUAUUGCGAACAAAAGAAAAUAUGACUUUCCUCUUAACCGCUGGCUGGCCUUGGAUGAAGACGAUGGCAAAAUCCAAAGGGAUAUCUUCGUGGGUGGAGCUGAGACCACAGCUAUCUCAUACAUUGUCACCAUCUUCACUGGGGAAUUACCGGGGGCUGGGACCAAAUCCAAAAUCUAUUUGGUCAUGUACGGGGCCAAAGGGAAUAAGAACAGUGGAAAAAUCUACCUGGAGGGUGGUGUGUUUGACCGUGCCCGCACAGACAUCUUCCACAUCGAGCUGGCCGUCCUCCUCAGCCCCCUUAGCCGGGUCUCCAUUGGACACAGCAAUGUUGGCGCCAACAGAGGCUGGUACUGUGAGAAGGUGGUGAUCCUGUGUCCCUUCACCGGCAUCCAGCAGACCUUCCCUUGCAGCAACUGGCUGGAUGAGAAGAAGAUGGAUGGGCUGAUCGAGAGGCAGCUCUACGAGAUGGUGUCUCUCAGGAAGAGGAGGAUGAAAAAAUUUGCUUGGUCCCUGUGGGUCUGGACGACUGACUUAAAGAAAGCUGGUACCAACUCUCCCAUCUACAUCCAGCUUUACGGGAAGAAGGGGCGGACGGAUGCGCUUCUCCUGAACCCCAACAACAAGUGGUUAAGACCGGGCAUAAUUGAGAAGUUUAGGUUUGAGCUCCCGGAUCUCGGCAGGUUUUACAAGGUUCGGGCAUGGCAUAAUAGCAUGACUCCUGGCUCUGGGUGGCAUUUAGAAAAGAUGACCUUGAUGAACACUCUGACCAAGGACAAAUAUAACUUCAACUGCAAUCGCUGGCUGGAUGCCUUUGAGGAUGACAAUGAGACCGUGAGGGAGAUGACUGCAGAGGGCCCAACAGUGCGGAGGAUAAUGGGCAUGGCCCGGCACCGUGUGACCGUAUGCACCGGGGACCUCCGAGGGGCCGGGACAGAUGCCAGUGUCUACCUCUGCCUUUAUGGUGACGUGGGGGACACGGGGGAGCGGCUGCUGUACACCUGCAAGAAUAACGACGAGAUGUUUCAGAAAGGCAACGCAGAUGAGUUCACCAUUGAGUCGGUCACCAUGCGGAAGGUGAGGCGGGUGAGGAUCAGACACACGGGCGUAGGCGGGGGCAGUGGCUGGUUCCUGGACCGGGUGCUGGUGAGAGAGGAGGGACAGCCUGAGAGCGACAAUGUGGAGUACCCAUGUCUCAGGUGGUUGGACAAAGAUAAGGAUGAUGGACAGUUGGUCCGAGAGCUGCUGCCCAGUGAUAGCAAUGCAACACUGAAGAACUACCGCUAUCAUAUCCGCUUGAAGACGGGGGAUGUCCCUGGGGCCAGCACCGAUUCCACAGUCUUCAUCAAGCUCUAUGGCGAUAAAUCUGACACCAUCAAGCAAGACCUUCUUGUCUCUGACAACAACCUGAAUGACUAUUUUGAACGUGGCCGCGUGGACGAGUUUACCCUCGAGACCCUGAACAUUGGGACUAUCAACCGGCUGCUGAUCGGGCAUGACGGCACGGGCAUGGGCGCCAGCUGGUUCCUGGCCAGUGUGCAGAUCCGUGUGCCCCGCCAAGGCAAGCAGUACACCUUCCCUGCCAACCGCUGGCUGGACAAGAACCAGGCUGAUGGGCGCCUGCAGGUGGAGCUCUAUCCCAGUGAGGUCGUGGAGAUCCAGAAAUUGGUCCACUACGAGGUUGAGGUUUGGACGGGAGAUGUGGGCGGUGCAGCCACCACUGCCCGAGUCUACAUACAGAUCUAUGGCGAGAAAGGCAAGACAGAGGUGCUCUUCCUCUCCAGCCGCUCGAAAGUCUUUGAGCGGGCAUCCAAGGACACGUUCCAGCUGGAGGCAGUUGACGUUGGGGAGGUCUUCAAGAUCCGACUGGGGCACACGGGCGAGGGCUUCUCGCCCGGAUGGUUCGUGGACAUGCUGUGGCUGCGGCACCUGCUGGUGCAGGAGGUGGAGCUCACCCCCGAGGAAGAGGCCCGGAAGAAGAAGGAGCAGGACAAGCUGCAGCAGCUGCUCAAGAAGGAGCGGCUGAAGGCCAAGCUGCAGAGGAAGAAGAAGAAGAAGAAGGGCAGUGACGAGGAGGAUGAGGGGGAUGAGGAGUCCUCGUCGGAGGAGUCCUCGUCUGAAGAGGAGGAGGAGGAGUCAUCUGAGGAGGAGGAGGAAGAGGAGGAGUUCGGGCCGGGGAUGCAGGAGGUGAUUGAGGAGUACAAGUUCGAUGUCAACCGCUGGCUGGCCAGGGGCAAGGAGGACAAUGAAAUUGUCGUGGAGCUGGCGCCCUCCGGUCGGUCGGGUCCUGAGCCCAACACCUACCAGGUCCAGGUUAUCACAGGGAACGUACCCAAGGCUGGCACCAAUGCCAACGUCUUCCUGACCAUCUAUGGCGAGGAGUACGGGGACACAGGGGAGCGUCCUCUGAGGUAUUCAGACAAGUCCAGCAAGUUUCAGCCCGGGCAGACAGACACUUUCACCGUCUGUGCCAUUGACCUGGGGCCCCUGACCAAGAUUCGGAUUGGCCAUGACAACGCAGGCGGCAGCAAAGCAGGAUGGUUCCUGGACAGAGUAGACAUAACAGACAUGAACAAUGAGACCACGUACUACUUCCCAUGCCAACGCUGGCUGUCAGUGGAGGAGGAUGAUGGCCAGGUGUCCAGGGAGCUGUUGUCAGUGGAUGAGUCCUAUGUGCUGCCGCCGAGCGAGGACGAGGAGGGUGGGGGUGGUGGUGAAAACAACGCCCUCGACAACAUGGGCCUGGAGCAGAAAGAUAAAUCUACCACAUUCCAAGUGACCAUAAAGACUGGGGACAAGAAGAAUGCAGGCACAGAUGCCAAUGUCUUCAUCACGCUCUUUGGUACACAAGACGACACUGGAAUGGCCCUCCUGAAAUCCUCCAAGACCAAUAGCAACCCAUUUGAGAGGGACAGCAUCGAUGUCUUCACAGUGGAAGCGCUGGACCUGGGAGAUCUAUGGAGAGUCAGGAUCGGCCAUGACAACUCAGGCAAGGCUCCAGGCUGGUUUGUAGAGUGGGUAGAGGUGGACGCCCCAUCUCUUGGAAAGUGCAUGACGUUCCCCUGCGGCCUCUGGCUAGACAAGAAUGAAGAAGACGGUGCCAUCGUCAGGGACCUCUUCCACGAGGAGCUUCAGACGAGGCUGUACACACCAUUUGUCCCUUACGAGAUCACCAUCUACACCAGCGAUGUCUUUGCCGCUGGGACAAAUGCCAACGUCUUCAUCGUCAUUUAUGGCUGCGAUGGCCUGUGCACCGAGCAGAAGAACCUGUGCACCAACAAGCGGGAGCAGAAGAUGUUCUUUGAGAGGAAGUCUGCCUCCCGCUUCAUUAUGGAGCUAGAAGACGUGGGGGAAGUCAUUGAAAAAAUCCGGAUUGGCCAUGAUAAUACAGGCAUAAAUCCUGGGUGGCACUGUUCCUAUGUGGAAAUCCGCAGGCUCCUCCCAGAUAAAGAUGGUACAGAGACCGUGACUUUCGCUUGUGAUCGAUGGCUUGCCACCUCGGAGGAUGACAAGAAGACCAUUCGAGAACUGGUUCCUUUUGACAUCUUCACUGAGAAAUACAUGGCAGAUGGAUCCUUAAGGCAAAUCUACAAGGAAGUGGAGGAGCCAUUGGACAUUGUGCUGUACUCGGUGCAGAUCUUCACAGGAAAUGUUCCCGGGGCAGGAACGGACGCCAAGGUCUACAUCACCAUCUAUGGAGACCUGGGGGACACCGGAGAGCGGUACCUCGGCAAGUCGGAGAACCGCACCAACAAGUUUGAGAGAGGGACGGCCGACACCUUCAUCAUUGAGGCAGCCGAUUUGGGCGUCAUCUACAAGAUUAAGCUCCGCCAUGACAACACCAAGUGGUGUGCGGACUGGUAUGUGGAGAAGGUGGAUAUCUGGAACGACACUAAUGAGGACGAGUUCCUGUUCCUGUGUGGGCGCUGGCUGUCCCUGAAGAAGGAGGACGGGCGACUGGAGAGGCUCUUUUAUGAGAAGGAGUACACAGGGGACCGGAGCAGCAACUGCAGCGCCCCGGCUGACUUCUGGGAGAUCGCCCUGAGCUCCAAGAUGGACGGUGUGGACAUCGCCUCGGUGACGGGGCCCAUGGCCAACUACGUCCAGGAGGGCCGGGUCAUUCCUUACUAUGUGUCAGUCACCACCGCCAAGCACAAGGACGCAGCCACGGACAGCCGGGCCUUCGUCAUCCUCAUCGGAGAGGAUGAUGAGGUCAGUAACCGCAUCUGGCUGGACUAUCCCCGAGGGAAGAAGGGCUUCAGCUGUGGCUCCGUGGAGGAGUUCUACGUCGGAGGCUUGGAUGUCGGCGAAAUCAAGAAAAUAGAGGAGCUGUAUGAGAUGACUGUGUGGACGGGUGACGUGGUUGGCGGUGGCACCGACUCCAACAUCUUUAUGACCCUCUAUGGCAUCAAUGGUAGCACAGAGGAAAUGAAGCUGGACAAAAAGAAGGCCAGAUUUGAGCGGGAGCAGAAUGACACCUUCCUCAUGGAGAUCCUGGACAUCGCUCCAUUCACCAAGAUGCGGAUCCGAAUUGACGGCCUGGGCAGCCGGCCCGAGUGGUUCCUGGAGAGGAUCCUCCUGAAGAACAUGAACACUGGGGACCUGACCAUGUUCUACUAUGGAGACUGGCUGUCCCAGCGGAAGGGCAAGAAGACCCUGGUGUGUGAAAUGUGUGCCGUUAUCAACGGGGAGGAGAUGAUGGAGUACACUUCCUACACCGUCUCCGUUAAGACCAGUGACAUCCUGGGUGCGGGCACUGAUGCCAACGUGUUCAUCACCAUCUUUGGGGAGAAUGGAGAUAGCGGGACCCUCGCCCUGAAGCAGUCAGCCAACUGGAACAAGUUUGAACGGAACAACACGGACACGUUCAACUUCCCUGACAUGCUGAGCCUGGGCCACCUCUGCAAGCUGAGGGUCUGGCACGACAGCAAAGGGAUAUUCCCAGGCUGGCACCUCAGCUACGUGAAUGUGAAGGACAUCGCCCGUGACGAGAUCUUCUCCUUCCAGUGUGACUGCUGGCUCUCCAAGACUGAGGGGGAUGGACAGACAGUCCGCGACUUUGCCUGUGCCAACAACGAGAUCCACGAUGAGCUGGAGGAGACCACCUACGAGAUCGUCAUAGAAACGGGCGACGGAGGCGAAACCAGGGAGAACGUCUGGCUCAUCCUGGAGGGCAGGAAGAACCGAUCCAAAGAGUUUCUCGUGGAAAAUUCUUCCAGACAGCGGGCCUUUAGGAAGGGGACCACAGACACAUUUGAGUUUGACAGCGUCUACUUGGGGGACCUUGCUGCCAUCUGCGUGGGCCACCUUGCCAGGGAGGAGCGGUUCAUCCCCAAGAGAGAGCUGCUCUGGCACGUCAAGACCAUCACCAUCACCGAGAUGGAGUACGGCAACGUGUACUUCUUUAACUGUGACACCCUCAUCCCCCUGAAGAGGAAGAGGAAGUACUUCAAGGUAUUCGAAGUCACCAAGACGACCGAGAGCUUUGCCAGCAAGGUCCAGAGCCUGGUGCCGGUCAAGUACGAGGUCAUCGUGACGACGGGCUACGAGCCCGGGGCAGGCACGGACGCCAACGUCUUUGUGACCAUCUUCGGCUCGAACGGGGACACGGGCAAGCGGGAGCUGAAGCGGAAAAUGCGCAACCUCUUCGAGCGGGGCAGCACCGACCACUUCUUCCUGGAGACGCUGGACCUGGGCGAGCUGCGCAAGGUGCGCGUGGAGCACGACAGCAGCGGCUACUACUCGGGCUGGCUGGUGGACAAGGUGGAGGUCACCAACACCAGCUCGGGCGUGGCCACCAUCUUCAGCUGCGGCCGGUGGCUGGACAAGAAGCGGGGAGACGGGCUCACCUGGCGAGACCUCUUCCCUGCUGUCUGAGGGGCUGGAGGUCUUCCUUCUAGCUUCUCACCCAGCUGCUCCCAACCACACCGUCCUACCCCUCACCGUGGCUUCCGGCAGACUUUCCCCGAAGCCCCCUGGAGCUGGGACUGGGGCCCAGAAG